CGCGGGCCGCGGAGGUGAUGUCAUGGGGCGCUGGGCCCCCGGGGAUGCUCCGCGCAGACCCCGCGCCCGCGUUAAAUGAGCGCGGAGAGCGCGCGGCGGCAGCGCAGGAGCCGGCGGAGGGCCCCAGGAACACUCUUGCUGUAGACGCCCAGGAACCUCUACGCCAUGACUCUGGCUGCUUACAAAGAGAAGAUGAAGGAGCUGCCUCUCGUCUCCCUUUUUUGCUCCUGUUUCCUCUCGGAUCCCCUGAACAAGCCAGCGUACACGUAUGAAGCAGACACGGUAGACCUCACUUGGUGCGUCAUCUCUGACAUGGAAGUCAUCGAGCUCAACAAGCGUACCUCGGGGCAGUCCUUUGAGGUCAUCCUGAAGCCCCCAUCGUUUGAUGGCAUCCCCGAGUUCAACGCCUCCCUGCCCCGGCGGCGUGACCCAUCUCUGGAGGAGAUCCAGAAGAAGCUGGAGGCAGCAGAGGAGAGGAGGAAGUACCAAGAGGCUGAGCUGCUGAAGCAUCUGGCAGAGAAGCGGGAGCACGAGCGGGAGGUCAUCCAGAAGGCCAUCGAGGAGAACAACAACUUCAUCAAAAUGGCCAAAGAGAAGCUGGCGCAGAAGAUGGAGUCCAACAAGGAGAACCGUGAGGCCCAUUUAGCAGCCAUGCUGGAGCGCUUGCAGGAGAAGCAGGUCUGUUCCCAACCUCAGCAUGGAAGGUCCCACCCUCACCACCUCCAGCUCCCUCCAAAACAUGCCUUCUGCAAGGAGCUCGCCCAGUGCCCUUCUCCAAACGCCUCAGCUAGCCUUGGGUCAGAGGCAGAGAGCACAAGAUAAUGAAGGACAAUCCGAGCUAACCCCAUCUCCUUGGGGCUCCCGGUCCAUCCCGUCUGGUUGACGUCUACCUCCUAGCUAGAGGGCAAGGACAAUCUGUCCCUGAGAGCCUCCACAAUCCUUAAAACACCCCAGGGGAGGAGAGGAUGCUGUUGACCCACCGGUGGUGUCCCUCGGGGGAUGAACCUCGCAAACGCCCUCGUGCCUUCGAACCCCUCUGAAGCCGCUGGCCUGCCCGUGGGGACCCCGAAGUCCAUCCAGCUAACGCGUGUCCCCCCCCUCCUUCCCUCCUACCCCCCCUC